AUGGACAAGAGACCCACUAGGAGCAAGAUGAGAGCCACUACACCAAGGGAGCCAGAAACAGCUGUGGCUGCUGUGCCGAAGCUGCUAAGUUCUUCAGGUGUAGUCUCUGGCCUCGGGCUGCUGCUGUUCUCCCAGCAGAACAAUGGUGUGGGGCUGUCCAGGGAGGCCUCGAGUCCUGAAGCCCUGGUGGGAUUCACUUUGGGAUCUGCUCGGGUACCCUUGUGCACUGUGAGGCUGCGGAAAAGAAGCGGGAAUAGGGUCACCUGGGAGCACUGGGGAGGAGCCGCAAGAAUCUGGAGAAGCCCUGCCCACGAGGAGGCAGGUCCGCCACACCGGGUCUCCGUGCUCCCUCCUGUAGGACCUCUCAUCUUCCUACCACUAACACCCGGCGAGGCCACCAUCUCUCAUUUCCACAGCAGUGCCUUUACUGAUCCCUGUUUACGCUUUUGCUCCCCGACGUUGAACGCUCACAGCUGCCAGAGUGAAGUGUUCAGACAGCGAAUCUUACCUUGCCACUCCCUCGUUCCAAAUCUACAAGUGGUUUCUCAUUGCUUUAAGAUAAAGGGUACAACAGAAAGAACAUCCAGAUCUGAAAGGGCACUCAGAAGAAAGGCACUACCUCCUAGGACAGAGAAAAUGGCUGUUGACCAGGACUGGCCUAGUGUUUACCCUGUUGCAGCACCAUUUAAACCCUCUGUAGUACCUCUUCCUGUUCGAAUGGGUUAUCCAGUAAAAAGAGGGGUGCCCAUGGCAAAGGAAGGAAACCUAGAACUUUUAAAGAUCCCCAAUUUUCUGCAUUUGACUCCUGUAGCAAUUAAAAAGCAUUGUGAAGCUCUUAAAGAUUUCUGCACUGAGUGGCCAGCUGCACUAGACAGUGAUGAAAAAUGUGAGAAGCAUUUUCCAAUUGAAAUUGACACAGCUGAUUAUGUUUCAUCAGGACCAUCUAUUCGAAACCCCAAAGCACGAGUAGUAACCUUAAGGGUUAAACUUUCCAGUUUGAAUUUAGAUGAUCAUGCAAAGAAGAAACUUAUUAAACUUGUAGGAGAGCGAUACUGCAAGACCACAGAUGUGCUUACCAUCAAAACGGAUAGGUGCCCUUUAAGGAGACAGAAUUAUGAUUAUGCAAUGUAUCUGCUAACAGUUUUAUACCAUGAGUCUUGGAAAACUGAGGACUGGGAGAAAAGUAAGACUGAAGCAGACAUGGAAGAGUAUAUAUGGACAAAUAGCUCCUCGGAAAAAAAUGUCCUGGAAACACUUCUCCAAAUCAAAGCUGCAGAGAAAAACCUGGAAGUAACUAAAGAAGAGCUCCUUGGCACUAAAGAAGUUGAAGAUUACAAAAAGUCUGUAGUUAGUCUUAAGAACGAGGGGGAAAAUGAAAAUACCCUUUCUCAGUACAAAGAAUCAGUGAAGAGACUAUUAAAUUUGACGUGAGUUAUGUAGAAAAAAUAUGCUUGAUUUAUUAAUUUUUAUGAUCUAUAUGUAAUUGUUAUCUAAUUUGAUAUAAAGUUGAAAAUGUUGAAAGAAAAACAUUGUUUUAUUUCAGAGUAAAAAUUACUCCUUUCACACUAAUGCACAAUGGCAGUGAUUAUUCACAAAUUUUCUUACAUUCUGGGGCAAUUAGACUAAUUAGGUCUGUGUGAUUUCUUCUGGUUCUAAAGUGUUUUGAUUUUAUUUCUACCUUAACAACUUUAGAACUUAAAUAUGUACAAUAUAAUAUAGUUAUUUUGUUACCUGCUACAUUGUUUUCCUACACAUUAGCACCUAUUGGAUGCUUCUGAAUUGUAAUUUUGGUUAUUUGGGAAGCUAGGUCCAGAACCCAAUCCCCCUCUGCAGCUCAGUGUUUUGUUUACAUAACUGCUGUCUACCCAGUGCAUUUUUGCAGAUGCCAAUCCUGAUUAGAAACAGGUCCUUGGCAGUAUUUUCUAACCUAAAAAGUUGGUUCCAUCCCUCUAUUUUGAGGUCACUUUUUAUUGAUUCAAUUCUGUUUAGCAUCUUACUCUAUUUUCUGGGGCUCAUUUCUCCAAACCCAAGCUGGAAAUGGAGGUUAACUGGUAUACAUCUCUCGAUUCCCCAGUUAGAGCUUCCACAGCUCAGGAAAGAGAUGGGACAUAAGGGCCUUGAGUGUAAUUGGAGUAAAUGACAGAACGAGAAGUGCCCUAAGGCUUUCCAUUCCAUUAAGCUGUCAAUUAAGGAUUUUUAAGUAUAUCUGGAAGUCAUUUCUUAGCACUUCCAAAGUUGUCCACAAGUGAUUAAGUUAAAAUCAAAAUAAAGGUAUUAUUGAGUUUAUUUACCUAAGACUUGUUUUGCCUGACAGAAUUAGAGGACAUAAAUGAAAGCCAAAAGCAAUUUCAAAACAAUUGCCCAAAAGAUUUAUAUAAUUUGAAGGUAUGAUUUGUUAUUAACAAGCCCAAGAGUCAGUGGAUUAGAAAGGACAACAAACAAUAGGGCUUUGAGUACAAAAAGAAAUGAGAGGUAUGUUGUAUUUCAUUGGAUGAAAAUAGUGAAUGAAAAGUAAAGUAGAUAAAACUGAAUUUUUAGAUCAGGUUUAAAGCAUAUGUAAGUGUAUUGAAAUAUUAUAUUUUUAGCGUCUCGGAGAGAGUUAAGGAAAACUCAGCUGCAGAAACAGGAUUGAAGAAGGCAACAUUUUGAAGGAACAUGAAGAUGCAGUAGAUUAGGGCCAUCAGUCCUGCAGUAACCACACAGUGCAGGUGGAAGCAGGGGGAGUCAUGAUCUGUAAUAAAGAAUUUGACCUUUCCAGAAGGAUUGGCGUCUCCCUUCAGCUUCUGGGAGGUAAUCUGUGUUAUAGCUCAUAGAAGUGUCUUUGUUUAGGGCUGAGCUUCUCACAGUGAACUUUAGGGUGGGGCUGGCCACACCUGAUAAUCUUAGGCAAGUCAGAAAAACCAAACACGUUAUUUGGGCCUGGGGGUCGGCGGGGGUCUUGAGUCAUCUGGUAAAUCAGUCCACCUGGGACUGAGAUCAGCCACAGGUAAUCAGUGAAUCAUGCCUGUGUAAUGGAGCCUCGAUAAAAACUUUAAACACUGAGGCUCCGACAAGUUUCCUGGUUGUCAAUACUCUGGGCAUGUUGUCAGACCCUGGAACUGGGAGAGGAAUCCGUCCUGCCUCCCCCAGGGGUGGGGGGCACCAGAAGCUAUGAGUUUUGAACCUUCCUGGACUUCAUCCUAUGAGCUUCUUCUGUAUACUUUCCCUGUAAUAAACCACAACCAUGAGUA